UUUUUUGGAGAAUUUAAUUAUAUUAACAAAUUGAUAUCGAUAUUCUCUUAGAGUAUUAUUUCCUAACCUCCCCCCUUAUGGUCCUCAUUUGAUUUUCCAGUCCUACUUUGUAAUAAAUCUUAACAGAAUAGGAUUGUUGUGGUUCUAGUCGGGUUUUCGUUAGUGACGGAAGCUACGCCGGCGGCUGAAUUUCUCGACCUGGCACUUUGGCACCCAAAAUUUCCAACUUGGACAAAAACAGUGGUCCGCCGGCGCUCCAUACUAACGAACGAAACAGCGUUUGGGACUUGUCUUCGUCGUCUCUACCCGUUUGACUCGAUUCUCCCUUCCCGCCAUAUCUCGAUCUGUGAUUCUCACCAUUUACUCACCUUCAUACCCUUGGUAAGCCAUUCCUAUUCUUUUCUCCCUAGAUUUUUUUUUUUGCUCUCCUUUUUUAUUUCCCUGUAUCUCUUUGUUUCCCCCCUUGUGCCUUGGGUGUUCCUGUGUGGCCUUCUUUCCCCCCCCUGAUUAUUUGCCCGUCUGGCCACUGUGCAUUCCGAGACGUGAUCACGCCCCUCGUUCAACCACAUCUCCCCAUUCGCCGUCUUCUGAUUUCAAGUUUUCAACCCUAUUUCUACCGAUUUCCUCUGGUUCAGUUCUCAGACGACCGAGCGACAUCUAUUUCAUUUGCAGCGUAACUGGUCUCAUUCCAUCUAACAUCGCAUUAUUCCCAGACCUUUGAGAAUCCCUUUUCGCCACCGCCAUCAUGGGUCUCACCUUCUCCAAGUUGUUCGACCGCCUAUGGGGCAGAAAGGAGAUGCGAAUUCUGAUGGUUGGUCUUGACGCAGCCGGAAAGACCACCAUCCUGUAUAAGCUGAAGUUGGGUGAAAUCGUCACCACCAUCCCCACAAUCGGUUUCAACGUCGAGACUGUCGAAUACAAGAACAUUCAGUUUACCGUGUGGGAUGUCGGUGGUCAGGACAAGAUCCGUCCUCUCUGGAGACACUACUUCCAGAACACUCAGGGUAUUAUCUUCGUCGUCGAUAGCAACGAUCGCGAUCGUAUUGUCGAGGCUCGUGAAGAGUUGCAGCGCAUGUUGAACGAGGAUGAACUCCGUGAUGCUCUUCUCCUUGUUUUCGCUAACAAGCAAGAUUUGCCGAAUGCCAUGAGCCCCGCCGAGAUUACCCAGCAGCUUGGUCUGCAAAGUCUCACUCGUCGCCCUUGGGUAAGUCUGCCUCGGUCCCCUGGAUCUCCAGAGGUUGAACCAACUUCUAAUGUCUAUAUGUGUAGUACAUCCAAUCUACCUGCGCUACCACCGGUGACGGUCUGUACGAGGGUCUCGAGUGGCUCGCCGAUGCUUUGCGGAAAUCGAACCGUGAUUAAAUU